AUGGGAAAUCAAAGCAUUCAAAAUUAACAAAAGUUAGGAAAUUAAAGACAAAAGGAUAGUCUUUAAAUUAAUAAUUAGUAACCUUAAAUUGGAAAUAUAUAUUAAAACAAUAAUUUCAGAAACUUACAAAAUUAAAAAAACCAGAGAGGAAUUUUAAAGUAUUUGAAAUAUUGAAAAUUUAAGUCGUUUGAUUGCAGAAGACAUGCCUUUAUAUUCGGUGAAAUUAAUUCAAUACGUUUUCAAUUUUCUGAACAUCUAAGAAGUCUUAUAAUUAAGAUUAGUUAACAAAAAGCUCAAGUUUAUGGUGGAAUUGAGCAGCAACAUUUAUGCAAACUAUUUGAGUUAAUUAUAUAUAAGGAAGAUACAAAUUUCAAGCUUUAUUGAGUAUGGAUCAGAUCUAAGAUUUUAAGCAGCAUUUGGGGAAUAGCUUUUAAAGAUAGAAUUAAAUUAAGAUGAAAGUUGGUUUUGGAUCUACCAGUCAUUUUAAAAAUCAAAGUAAAUUUGAAAGUUAAAUAGAUUUAUCAUGAAUAAAUUGAAUAGAGAGAGGAAUUUAAGUUAAAAUUUGAGUGAUUUAAUUGUUAAUUCACUAAAUGAACCUUUAUUACCAAUAGCUAUUUUAACUGAUGAUUAGCUCAAGUAAGCCACAACAAGUUGGUUUUAAUUAUAUAUGGCAUAAAAUAGUGAUGAAAUUGAUUGUAACAUACCAUCAGAUUAAUGCUUAAAUGAAUAGUUUCAAUAAUAUUAUGAAGAAUGUUUGAAUGAAUAUUAAAUUUAAAACUUAUAGCAUACAUAAUUGUUAAUGGAAAUAAAAUGGGUUAUUGUUGAUAAUUUUAUAAGAGAUCCUUCUACUAUAAAUAAUGUGCCUUUUUUACUUAAUUUAGUAGCUCAUAUUUUACAUAUGUUAUAUUUGAGAUGCUUAUUUACUAGAAAUGUCUUAAGGAUAAUUUAAAAAGGUAAGGUAUAGGCUUAAAUCUUAAAUUUCUAUAUUAUUUUAUGGAGAACAUAUAUUGGAAUUAUUUGGAGAUUAAAUAUAUAUUUUGAACAUCUAUUUAAAUAUGUCCAUUAAAUAUUCACUCAUUUUUAUAAAACCAAUAUUCCUUCUUAUAGUUUUAUAACGAUAGCAGGAAGAAUCUGGACAUAAGUGGUUUUGAAAGAUGUGCAAGAUUAAACAGAAUCAAAUGAAACUAUUGAAUAGAGUAUAUUGUAGUCAUUUAAUAUUUUAUUAAGUGAUAAAAGAUAUUAAUUUCUAUAAGUUUUUAUAUUGGAUUAACAGUAAUAAAAACAGCUCAGCCAUUCGACUAAGAAUCUGAUAUUUAAAGAUUAAUAUUUUUAAUAAAUAUCAAACGCCAUAAACUGUUUAUUAGGGCAUUUAUCAUCGGCUUUAUUAGAUAUUUCAAUGCAUGAAUUAUCUAUUCAUUGGAUAGGACACUCAAAAUUAAAAGUUGGGUAACCAUAUGCUACUUUACUAUAAAACAUUGUUAAGGAUACACAUUCCAUUUAUUAAAAAGCAUCAUAAUUAUUUGGAUCAAAUUAUUCGCUUUUCUAGGAAUAUAUUCAAUGUAAUAAUCUAAAUAAUUAUUUUAGCUGAUUCUAAGUUUCUCUAAGAAAUUAUAAAUAGAUGGACUGUAUAAAUUAUUAUUCUUCCAAUCGGAUUAAAUUAUUUAUAAGAAAAAAUUAAAACAAAUCUUAGUAAAUUGAUAAAAAACUAUAUUUCUAAUUAAUAAUAAACAAAAAAAGAUUAAGAAUCAAUUAUAUUAACCACAAACUAAUUUAAUUUGACACCAGAUUGUAGUUUAGAGAAAUAAUACUAAAGAGAUGCAUUUUUGAAUCUAUUAAAGUAGAUCAUUAAAGAAGAAAUGUUCAUAAAACAAGAAUAAUCUUAGCAACUUACAGAACAAAAUUAAGCAAAAUAUAUUUAGAAUAAAAUUACAGAAGAUACAUCUAAUACAAAGUAUGGUGAUCUAUCUAAAUAUUCAAUGAGUAACAGGAGCAGUUAAAUGACUGAAUGGAAAAGUACUUACAGUUAAAUUUAAGAGUCAUCUAUUUUUGAUUAGAGUAUAUAGGAAUAAGCUUUAAUAAGACAAUUAAGUAAUUAAUUUGAUGAUGAAAUAUGGGUGUAAUAUUUUAAUAAAAUAAAAUUGAUUGAGAUAGAAAAUUAAAUUAAAAUUGAUCACCGAAAUUAAGAAAUUGAAUGGAGAAAUAAGCUAAGAAAAAUAGAUCUUAACAUCCCAGAACAAUUUGCUCAUAUUUUAGAUUUUAAUUAUGUUCCUGAUGUGGAAAAAAUUUUGAGUUUUUUUGAUCAUAAACAAAAUCCUGGUAGUGAACAGAUAUUGACUUCCGUAUAAACUAGUCAUUUUAUAGAAAUAAAUACAAAUGGAUAAUCUUUCAUCAAUAACUUAGAUCAAUAAGAAUUAAUUUAAUGA